CAAGAGGAUUACUUUGUGGUACCUGAGCAGUUUUCCAACAAAACCGUCUUUGUCACUUUGUAAAUCUUCUUUUGGAGGCCCUGCUCCUGUCAUAUAUUUAGACCUCCUUCUCCAAAGGAAAGUUCUCUCCAUGAGAUUCCAGUCCUCCGCGCGCAAUAGCACUUGAUCUCGGCGGGAGGAAGCGGACGAAAGGAAGAUGGCCAUCCACGCCGAGGGUCUCGUGGCUAUCGUGAUCUUCUACCUUCUGAUUCUGUUUGUGGGGAUCUGGGCCGCCUGGAAGAACAAAAACUCCGGCGUCAGCGAAAGCGGAGACCGGAGCGAGAGCAUCAUGGUCGGGGGAAGGGACAUCGGAUUGUUCGUUGGUGGAUUCACAAUGACCGCCACUUGGGUGGGUGGGGGCUACAUCAAUGGGACAGCAGAGUAUGUCUACCUGCCAGACUUCGGCCUGGCCUGGGCACAAGCACCCUUUGGGUACGCUCUCAGCCUGGUAGUAGGUGGCCUUUUCUUUGCCAAGCCCAUGCGCUCUCGUGGAUACGUCACAAUGCUGGAUCCCUUCCAGCAGCUGUAUGGAAAAAGGAUGGGCGGCCUGCUCUUUAUCCCCGCGCUCAUGGGGGAAAUCUUCUGGUCUGCAGCCAUUUUAUCUGCCCUGGGUGCCACUCUGAGUGUGAUCGUGGACAUAAACAUCAACAUGUCAGUGGUGAUCUCAGCCCUGAUCGCUAUCUUCUACACACUUGUUGGAGGACUCUACUCUGUUGCUUACACAGAUGUGGUCCAGCUCUUCUGUAUCUUUGUUGGCUUGUGGAUCAGCGUGCCUUUCGCUCUGUCCAAUCCUGCCGUUGCGGACAUCAGUGUUACAGCCAAGGAAGUUGUCUACCAGUCACCCUGGCUGGGGAAGAUUGUACCUGAGGACAAAUGGCUCUGGGCAGACAACUUCUGUUUGCUGAUCUUGGGGGGGAUUCCAUGGCAGGUCUAUUUUCAACGGGUUCUUUCUGCCUCUUCAGCUACCUACGCCCAGGUCCUUUCCUUCCUUGCCGCCUUCGGCUGCUUGGUCAUGGCCGUCCCCUCUGUCCUCAUAGGAGCGAUAGGGGCCUCCACUGACUGGAAUCAGACUACCUACGGGUAUCUCCCUCCGAAGGAUAAGGAUCAAUCAGACAUGAUCCUUCCCAUUGUGCUUCAGUACCUCUGCCCGCCCUACGUGUCCUUCUUUGGUCUGGGGGCGGUGUCGGCUGCGGUCAUGUCAUCGGCAGACUCAUCCAUUCUCUCAGCCAGCUCCAUGUUUGCCAGGAACAUUUAUCAGCUCGCCUUUCGGCAGUCGGCCUCAGACAAUGAGAUUGUUUGGGUGAUGCGCUUCACCAUCUUUAUAUUCGGAGCCCUUGCCACUGCUAUGGCAUUGUUAACAGGAUCCGUGUAUGGCCUGUGGUACCUGAGCUCCGACUUGGUCUACGUCAUCAUCUUUCCCCAACUUCUCAGUGUGUUAUUCGUCAAAGGCACUAAUACCUAUGGCUCUGUGGCUGCCUAUGUAUUUGGUCUUUUGCUGCGCAUUGGUGGAGGGGAGCCCUACCUCAAACUCCCACCCUUCAUCUACUACCCCGGAUGGGUGACCCAGGAGAGGAUCCACCACCUCACUGGGGAUGUGGAGUACUUCAUCCAGCAGAGGUUCCCAUUCAAGACAGUGUCCAUGCUGGCAUCCUUCUUGGCAAAUGUAGCGUUUUCUUACACAGCAAAGUACCUAUUCGAAAGCGGUACGUUGUCACAUAAGUACGACUUCCUGGAUGCUGUGGUGUCCAAGCACAGCAAGGAGAUCAUGGACAAAGCCACACUGGUGAGUAACCAUGAUAACAUCAUUCUUUCAGAGAUGGCGCCUGUCAAGCAGGCCCUGGGUGCAUCUCUUGCUGGAACAUUCAUCAACACGGAGGUCCUCAGUGAUGAUGGCGGGUCCAGUCCAGAGGCUUUUCACGAUGAAAACUAGGCAUCAAAGGCACAAAGAAAACUAGAACCAAGGAAUCUAUAGAAGAAGAAGGAAUAAUCUAAGAGGCAUUGACAUUCUUCAGGAUACUUGCUACUGCCACACUGGAAGCCAAAUCUGCAGAAAUCUGCUGUGGCUUCCGAGUGACUCCACAAGUUUGUUCCAGUUGAUGACACGGUGCGUCCUUCUUUUUUUAAGGUCCCUUGCCUAGAACCAGGAAAUUGACUGUCAAUCAGCUGUGUCAAGCAUACCAUACUCAUUCAUUUUUUUAAAUCAUGACUCUGUGAAUCUACAACCACUACAACCACUUUAAUUUAAGUGCUUGUGACUGUGAUCGGAGGGACUUUAAGGGCAUAACUAGGAGUGAAUGCAGUGGACAUCAACAUCUGCAAGGGUUUUCUGUGGGUAAUGAAAAUAGUGCAAUAUCUAACCAAGGAAAUGUGUCCACGUCUACAUAGCAGUGUGUGUGAGUGUGUGUGUGUGUGUGUGUUGAUGUAUACAUGCUCAUGUACUACUGACAACAAAGCAGUGAAUGCUACUGAACCUUUUCAGACUUCAAGUUUUAAGUUUGCGUAGAGUAAAUUUACUAAUAGAGCAAUAAUAUUUGUAGGAUCUUUGUUGUAUACAUAGAUAUAUUGUGCUAAAUUUGCAAGUUAGCCAUUGUUUUUAACUUGAAGAACAUUAGACAUUUCUUUCAUUUUUGUUUUAGCUUAAUUUAUGUUUCAUUUUCACCUUUCUCUUAACCCUCCUGUCAUACUCACUUAUUUCAGACGUGGUAAAUGUCGAACAGAACCACAUGCUACUAUGAUAUUACCAAACCCUUGACAGAAGGUUGUUACUGGAUGAUUCUGCAGAUUACAUUCAGUUUAGUCAUUAACAUUUUUAACAGUCACUAUCAACAUGAUUAAAUUUAGUAGUUCCUACAGUAUCCCCAUUUUGCAACUCCAAGAUCCACUCGAUGAAUCUAAGUGCAAUAUUUACUCAUUUUUUAUCUCUGUUUUGGUCUCUACCACUCCAAUCAACAGGUAAAUAUCUGGCUUUUUAGUUGCUAAAAAAAUCCACUCUGUUCACUAGCUAGUCUCUUACUAUGGCAGGUAGCAUACGUUGAGUUAAUCAGUGUCUUUUUCAGUAAAAAUCUGCAUGUGGCAGCUGUAAAUAAGGUUAUUGAGAGAAGUGACAAUGAACCAAGAAAGUAAAGUUGUGGGCCAGAAAACCAAAACAGACCAAGCUGAAAGACUCUAUGACACUCUGGGGACUGAGAGUUGGGUGAUAAUUAUCUGUCAUUUGACAGUCAUUAUUAAUCAAUUAAUACAUAUUUUAAGGAAAUGUUUAGAUCAGCAUUUAAGAAAGCAAAUGGUCAUAGUUAAACAUAAAAAACAAUGGGACAACAAUGUGACUCUCUGGUUUUAGAGUCAAACACAUUAAAAACUUCCACUUCUGGCAGUGAACGUUUGCACUGGACAUAAAACAUGUACUGCAGAAUCAUCAUGUACGAAUGUAAUUCCAUAAGAGCCUCAGUUUUCAUUACACACCACUACAAAGAUUCCAAUAUUCAAUAUAAACUUUGAUUCUUAAAUGGUUUUUUUUCCUGUGUAUCUUGCAAGCAGCCAUUGGCUUCCAUUCAUUUCCAUACCUUAUGGAAACCAAUUUGCAGUUUUUGUCUUUGUCAAACUUAUGAGUGCGUUAUACAUUUUGGAAUUAAUGUGCAUUUACAACUGCAUUCCCACAUAACGAUGACACUGACAACAAUUAAAGCACAUAUGAUGUUCAUUUUUCAAGUCAAUUUUCACAUAUAAAUGAAUGGAAUUCAAUGGCAGCCUGAAAAGUGUGACAGUUCAGAAAUCUGAAACAAUUCAGUAAGCUUUAUAAAUGAUUGGCAUUCAUGAACAAUACCUUUGAAGACUGAUAUGGUCUUUUAAAAUGAUCACACAGAAGCUAUUUUGAAAUGUGUGUGUGAGUAUGAUGGUUUGUGUGGUCAUCCUAAACCUGUAUUGACUGGCCAGCCACAGCAGGUUAGCGGAGACAGGAAAUGAUUGUUCCUCUCGGAUGGUGUCAGUGGCACCGGUCAUUAUCGAUCCAAUCCCCAGUCGAUUAGCCCUUAGGACAUUUGAUUAAUGCUGCAAAGCGGUUUGACACUGUGGUUUAUAAGGGUUUGUUUAACAGUGUGUCAUAUACAGUGAUGAAAGCUGAAAUGUUAUUGAUUGAGCACCCUCACAUGACUUCCCUAACAUCAGUCCUCAUAGUCCCCCCAGGGCUGGUUGUUUUAAACUACCCAGCACACUGCUGCUCUGUAUGAUGAGAAUCAAGCAAAGGAGUUGUCACUUCAUGCAGUGAUUUCUGGCAUUGUUAUGUGUUGCUAUUGUCCAGUUGACUUCUGUGUGUUUAUCUCCUCUCAGAGUUGUUGUGGAUUGUUUGUUUCUUUUUGAAUCUAUCGAAUCGCCUUAAUUCAGAGGUCAGCUGUGGAAAAUGACUGUGUUUGGAACGCUGGCAAAAAGUGACCACUUUUAUAGAAUAUUGCCGUUAGAGGACAAAGCUGGUAAUACUCUGCAUUUAAUUUAUUGUCAACAACUAAGACCAGAACCAAUGACGUUUUGAUGAUGUCAGGGAUUUUCUGACUUCCCAACCUCAUCUUUAGCACUCAGCUGCAAACCCAUUCAUUUCAACUGAAGAUGUACAUCUUAAAAAAGGGGUCGCAUAUACAUAGUGUCCAUUUUUUUCCUGAAUCUACUGGUUUUCCCCCAAGAAACUAAUAUAACUGAGUAAAUGUUCCUCUGUUGGCCUAAUGUGCAAUUCAGAGUACUGAAGACAACAUUUAUUGGCAUUGUUGGGGAUUCUGUUUGCAAUUAGAGCAGCCCAGAUUAUUAUGGCAUGGG